AUGACUACAAUUUCACUCCUCUCCUCCCCCCCCGCCCUACAGCUGGCUCCAUCUGUUUGCAAGGCCUAUGGUCACUGCGUGCCGCUCACGUCAUUCGCCCCAGUCGUACAAGUAAACAAUGGAAUCCCAACUCGCGGAACUUACCUUGGACAGCCUGUUAUGCAGGGCUUUGCGCCGAUUUUUCCGAUGCCCGCAAAGAUUGCAUCCACCGGCGGCUACGUGAGCAUGCCCAUACAGGGUACUGCCGGUGGAGGUGUACAAACUGAAGUCGGCCGACGCACCAUCAGUCCCGACCAGUUAAUCUUUGCCCCUCAAUUCACCUCACCCAAGCGCAUGAAGCCCUCAGGCCAACAGAGUCCCUUCAACGAACUGCCCAAUUUCCUACCGGGACUGGAGGAAGGCAGGAGAUCCGACCUUGCGGGCAGUCGAGUGUUCAGAUACUCAAUAAAUAAAAGCUGUUGCUCGAUAAAAGGUUGUCAGUUAACCCUAGUUCUGACCUAUGCGGAUGGUCCCAUGAUUUUAUCACAAAUCACUGACCUUCAGACGGGCCCUCUGGUGGGUAGAGUUUCAAACCUGCGCCGACCUCUCAAUCCCCAGAAAGACCACGAACACGGCAUUUCGGGGAGUGACCUUGAGGGUCACCGGUGGCCCUCAUCAGAGGACAUCGAGGCGAAUGACGAGGAAACCGAGGAGGAGGAUGACGGACGCUUGGCCGAGGCCAUGAACUCCCAGGACCACCGGAGGAGUUCCUUCCGAAUGAAAGCGGCCACACUUCAGGCCCUGCACCGGAGCACCAGUUCAGACUGGCACCUUCCCAACAAUGCCACCCCCUGCGAUGUACAACAGCAGAAGUUUGUUAAGUUUUCCACCAGUAAUAUCUCCCUCAAUAAACUCCCCAGCCCUCCAAUUAGACAGAACCCAACAGAAUCUCACUACGUGUAG